AUGGUCCAUAAGCAUGCAUUCGAAGCGUUGGAUAGAACAAUGAACGACAUUUUCAAUAUCGAAACUUCAAACAGAUCAAACAUCCGCUUUGGAGGGAAGGUUAUUGUUUUAGGAGGCGAUUUUAGACAGAUCCUUCCUGUUGUUCCAAAUGGUGGAAGACAAGAGAUUGUCAAUGCCUCAAUAAGUUCGUCUUAUCUGUGGAAUACAUGUAAGUUGCUGAGAUUAACAAAAAACAUGAGGUUAACAGUUGGAAGUUCAGCAUCGGACGCUGAAGAAAUAAAACAAUUUGCCAAAUGGCUUUUGGAUAUAGGUGAGGGAAAUGUUGGUGGUCCAAAUGAUGGAGAAGCGUCAAUUGAAAUACCAAGCGACCUUCUAAUCAAUGAUACAUCGGAUCCCAUUUCAACUUUAAUUGAUUUUGUGUAUCCUUCAAUUCUCGAAAACUACAACAAUCAGAAUUAUUUCAGUGAGAGGGCUAUACUUGCACCUAAGAACGAGGUUGUGCAUGAAAUUAAUGAUCGGUUGUUGUCACUAUUCCCAGGCGAAGAACGAGAGUAUCUUAGUUCAGACAGUCUUUUAUCCGGCUUACCUAAUCAUAGGCUAGCACUAAAAGUAGGCGUGCCGGUGAUGCUAUUACGUAACAUUGACCAACAAAAUGGGCUUUGCAAUGGUACUCGACUACAAGUCAAAAAAAUGUAUAACCGUGUAAUAGAAGCCGAGAUAAUAUCCGGAGGGAACAUAGGCACUCGCACUUAUAUACCAAGGAUUAGUUUGAUACCUUCUGAUAAAAAAAUUCCUUUUGAGUUUCAAAGGAGACAAUUUCCGUUGGCUGUUUGUUUCGCAAUGACUAUUAACAAGAGUCAGGGACAAUCACUGUCUAGAGUUGGUCUGUAUCUGAAGCAACCAGUUUUCACCCAUGGUCAGCUGUAUAUUGCUUUAUCAAGAGUUAAAACCAGACAAGGAGUUAAACUUCUGAUUUUGGACAAUGACGGCAAACCUACUAAUAAAACGACAAAUGUAGUUUACAAAGAAGUAUUUCGUGACUUGUGAUCUCCAUGUACUCAUUCAUCAAACGAUCUUUCAUUCCAUGUAAC